CGCCUGCACUGUUGUGUGCUGUUAAUAUCUACUCUGCUGUGAUGCCUCGGACAGUAGCAGCUCUGACAGGCUCUUGUGUGCAGAUUCCUUGCACAUUCAGCGUCUCUGGUUUUGAGGACAAACGUAACAGGUCACAUUUUAUUUAUGGGAUCUGGCUAAAAAAACACACCACAGUAUGCUAACAAAGACAGAUUUAUAGCUUUUAACAGCAGUGAAAACAUUAUUAGAGGAUUCAGUGACAUACAGAUGACUGGAGAUCUCAAUAAGAGGAACUGCACAACUGUCUUCUAUAACAUCAUGAAGAAUCAUUCAGACAUCUAUUACUUCAGACUGCAAAUGGAGCCAAAUGUAUUCAGAACAACAUUUAAUCCCAGGACAGAUGAUUCAAGCAAGACUGUGAGGAUCAAUGUCAGAGAUUCACCACAACCUCCUGAACUGAAUCCCAGUGAGCUACAGUAUGUGAUGGAGGAAACUACAGUCAAUCUGAGCUGCUCUGCUGAAGCCCCCUGCCCCAAACAACCUCCUACAAUAUCCUGGUCUAACAUCCCUGAAUCUGCUCACAUUACAGCACAGUUACAGGAGAAACCUGAUAAAACCCAGUCAGUGUUUUUAUAUGUGACCUUCAAAGCUUCAUACGAAGAUCACAGGAAGAACAUCACCUGCACUGCUACAUAUUCAAGAAAUACAUCUGAUGCCUCAACUGUGAAGAGCACCGUGAUGCUACGAGUCCUGUUUUCUCCAAAAGAAACUCACAUCACCAUCGAUCGAUCUGAUUCAGUCUCUGCUGGCACAAAUGUGACUUUGACCUGCAGAAGUAAAGCCAGUCCAUCAAAUAACUUGAACUACACCUGGUACAAACGUGGAAAGGAGAUGCCAAUAGCUCAGGAAAAGAAGAUUAAUUUUAUUUUAAAUUACAGUAAUACAGGAUUGUACUUCUGCAGAGCACAGAAUAAACAUGGCAAUCAGUCAUCAGCAGAGAUUCAGCUCACAGCUGAAGGACAAGAUGGACACUCUAUGACUGUGAUCGCUGGUUGUGUGGGAGGAAUUGCGGCAGUGCUCAUGCUCUCUGCUAUUGGAUUUUGUACAAGCAGGACCAGGAAAAAGACACACAGGGAGACAAUGCUGGAGAAAAAGAUUGCCUAA